GCUCGUUUUACAUCAGAUGCCCAGAUGUAUUUCGAUGUAGAAUCGAACUUUAGAUACUCAGCCAUUACCGAACGUGAGAAAGAGAUGCACCGGAAAAUAGACAGUGCAUACAACCUUGGCUAUGACGCUGUGAGGAAUGCGGCCGUUGCUGACACCGAAUCCUUGUUGGAUCGGGUUACGCUCGACCUGGGUCAAUCACAUCACCAAACGGUGUUCAAAUCUGCUGCUAGCCGCAUCGUCGCGCACUAUCGAUAACGCAAAAUCGCUUCCCGCGAACCUCCAGCGAAUAUGGAACAGCUCGACGUCAGCUCCGUGGGGAGGCAAUCCCACCAUGAAUAUCAACAUUGAGAUGAAUUACUGGCCCGCUGGGCCCACAAACUUGAUUGAGACCGAAGAACCUUUGUUUGAUUUGAUGAGUGUUGCCGAUACUCGUGGGCGGUCGUUAGCCGAACGCAUGUAUGGCUGUUCCGGCACAGUCUUCCAUAAUAAUCUUGAUCUUUGGGGAGAUCCAGCGCCGUCGGACAACUACACUGCAUCGACUAUGUGGCCAAUGGGAGCUGCUUGGCUGGCAUGUCACAUGAUGGACCACUAUCGCUUCACUGGCGACACAGCAUUCCUCCGAGAUGUCGCUUAUCCGUUCUUAGUCAACGUCGCCACAUUCUAUGAAUGCUACGCCUGCAACUACGAAGGGUACAGGGUAACUGGUCCAUCCUUGUCGCCAGAAAAGAACUUCUACGUCCCCGCAGGCGAGACCGUUGCCGGCACGUCCCAGAGCGUGGAUAUAGCCCCCGCCAUGGACAACCAGCUCAUGACAAAGGUGUUUCGCAGCGUCAUCGAAUCGGCUUAGAUCUUGGGCAUCAAUGACACCGCUGCUCAAAGCGCCACGAGAUCCUAUCUCUGAUCCAGCCCCCACCAAUCGAUUCGUUAGGACAG